AUGAUGUCUUCGAGCCUCUGCCAUGCCGCUCCCGUGCUGAACGGGCAGCGGCACGCGUUGUGCAAGGCACACGCGCUGCCCUCGCCACGGCCUGCACUCUCCGGCCGUCGCGUGGCCGCGGCCCCCAGCGGCCUUGCGACGGCGCAGCGACGUGGCCCCUCAAGGUACGUGCGGUGCCGCGUCGCCCCGAUCCAGCGCCCCAGCGAGGAGACGGUGCUCGUGGGGGACAUUGGUGGAACCAACUCCCGGCUGCAGCUGUGGAGCCUGUCUGACAGCGGCAACAAGGAGGUGUUCAGGAAGGACUUGAAGAACAAGGAGUACUCGAGCUUCAGCGAGGUGGUCGAGGCGUUUCUCGCGCUCCCCGAGGCGCAGGCCGCGCAUCCCGCAGCGGGGUGCUUUGCCAUCGCGGGGCCCGUCGACCAGUUCAAGCAGACCGCCGUGAUGACCAACCUCGGGUGGGACAUCGCCGCGUCGAAGCUCGAGGAGGUCCUCGGCGGCGCUCCGUGCGCGCUCCUGAACGACUUCCAGGCCAUUGGGUACGGCGUGCGCGCGCUGGACGACGGCGACAUCGAGGUCCUGCACCAGGGUGUCCUCGAGGAGGGCCAGCCGAUCGCAGUGAUCGGGCCCGGCACGGGCCUCGGCGCUUGCCAGGCGUUCUGGGACAGCGGCAGGCGGGACUACGUUGUUGUGCCGGGGGAGGGGUCUCACAGCGACUUCGCGCCGCGGACGCCGCGGCAGAUGGACCUGGCGCGCUUCUGCUAUGACGAGCUCGGCCGCUCCGCCGAGAUCGAGGAGGUCGGGUGCGGUUCCGGCCUGGAGCGCAUCUACAGGUUCCUGGGCGGCGACACGACGAGCAUCGACGCGGCAGGGAUCUCGAAGCUGGCCGGGGAGGGCGACGAGCUCGCGGUGGAGGCGCUGUCGAUGAUGCUGGAGAUCGUCGGGCAGGAGGCGGGCCACAUGGCCAUCCGGUCGCUCGCGUUCGGGGGGGUGUAUAUCGCGGGCGGGAUCGUUCCGAAGAACAUCCAGAUCGCGCGGAACGGGAGGAUGCUCAACGGAUUCCUGAAUCCGACCUCGAGGUUGAGCGAGCUGCACGCGAAGUUCCCGCUGUACGUCGUCAAGAACGAGAGCGUGGGGCUCCUCGGGGCGCUGCACUACGCCACGUACCUCGCGCAGCGGUAG